CGAGAUUCAAAGAACCACAAAGAACAACAAGCCGGAAGCGGAAAUCACUACAUCACGUGACACAGACUACUUCCUGUCCGCCUGAGAAAGAGAGAAGAUGACUCGACACGGGAAGAACUGCACUGCUGGAGCGGUGUACACUUAUCACGAGAAGAAGAAAGACACAGCUGCUUCCGGUUACGGCACUCAGAGUGUGAGGUUGGGGAAGGACGCGAUUAAAGACUUCGACUGCUGCUGCCUCUCAUUACAGCCCUGUAGAGAUCCUGUGGUGACUGAAGAUGGAUACCUGUAUGAAAGAGAAGCCAUCCUAGAGUACAUCCUUCAUCAGAAAACAGAGAUCGCCAAGAAGAUGAAGGCAUACGAGAAACAGAAGAAGGCUCUGAGGAGCCAGGGCCAGCUGGAGUCCGGGUCUGGGGAGCGAGAGAAGAUUGAGAAGUUCAAAAAUAAAGAGAGCAGCAUCGUCUCCAAACCCAUCAACCCCUUUAUCACAGGUCAGAGUACAGACACCUCCUCGUCCCCGAGUGGCUCUCUCGCCUCUUUAACCUCUCUUAGCUCGUCCAGCUCGGCUUCAGCGUCCACCGAGUCCACGUCCUCCUCCAGUCUGCCCAGUUUCUGGAUCCCCAGCCUGACUCCUGAGGCCAAACCCACCCUGCUGAAGAAGCCGAGUAAGACAGUGCUGUGUCCUAUGUCCGGUCGUCCCCUGAAGAUGAGCGACCUGAUUACGGUGCGUUUGACUCCGCUGGACCCCAGUCUGGACAGAGUGGCCCUGCUCACACGACAGGACAGAUAUGUGUGUGCAGUGACCAAAGACACGCUGGGGAACUCAGUCCCGUGUGCAGUGCUCAGACACUCAGGAGUAGUGGUCACUCUGGAGUGUGUAGAGAAGCUCAUUCGUAAGGAUAUGAUGGACCCAGUGUCUGGGGACAAACUGAAAGAGAAGGACAUAAUAGUGCUGCAGAGGGGUGGAACGGGAUUCGCUGCUUCUGGAGUCAGCCUCUGUGCGAAAGAAGCCCGACCCGUCAUGCAGGCGUGAGCUCGUGUGUGUGUGUGUGUGUGUUCAGCCUGUGUGUAAUCUGUGUGUGUGAGAGAGAGAGCAGUGUGUAUGUUCAGCCUGUGUGUAAUCUCUGUGUGUGUGUGUGUGUGUGUGUGUGUGUGUGUGUGUGUGUGUGUGUGUGUGUGUGUGAGAGAGAGAGAGCAGUGUGUAUGUUCAGCCUGUGUGUAAUCUGUGUGUGUGAGAGAGAGAGCAGUGUGUAUGUUCAGCCUGUGUGUAAUCUGUGUGUGUGAGAGAGAGAGCAGUGUGUAUGUUCAGCCUGUGUGUAAUCUCUGUGUGUGUGUGUGUGUGUGUGUGUGUGUGAGAGAGAGAGCAGUGUGUAUGUUCAGCCUGUGUGUAAUCUGUGUGUGUGAGAGAGAGAGCAGUGUGUAUGUUCAGCCUGUGUGUAAUCUCUGUGUGUGUGU